AUGAAGGGAGUGACCCUGGGCCUCCUCCUGGUGCUGGCAGGCCUGCCUGCCCUGGAAGCCGAUGAGUUGGUUGAUAAAAACAGCCCCCUCUAUUAUGACUGGGAGACACUGCAGCUGAGCGGGACCAUCUGCGCGGUGAUCCUGUGCAUUGUGGGCAUCGGCUUUCUCCUGAGUCAUCAAUGCAAAUGCAAGAAGAAAGAGAAACCCAGACCCUUACCCGAAAAAGCUGUUCCACUCAUCACUCCAGGCUCUGCCAGUUCCUGCUGA